ACUCAAAAGCUAUGUUUCCAUUGCUUCUAUUAUCGGGGUUUCUUACCUUCACCUUGAGUGUCCCUCAUCAGUAUGUCUUUGUGAAUGAAUCCAUGACUUGGGCAGAAGCUCAGAGAUACUGUAGAGAGAAAUACACUGAUCUGGCCACCAUUGAAAAUGAACAACAGACAGUCCAGUUGAUCGACACAGAGAAUCAUGAUUCCAUUGAUUUGGCCUGGAUUGGACUCUAUGAUGAUCUGAACAGUUGGAAAUGGACUCUAGAGGACAGUGAUUUCUUCAAGGUGGGAGAGAAAGACUUCAGGAACUGGUAUGACCCAGGACCAGACAAUUAUGGAGGACAAAGUCUGUGUGUGUAUAUGGACAAUGGGAUAUGGUAUACGACAUACUGUUUCAAUUAUCGUCCUUUUAUCUGCUAUGAUGGAAGACAGAAUGCCAGUGCUAGUUAUGUGUUUGUCUACCAGUACCAAACCUGGACUGCAGCUCAGAGUUACUGCAGAGCACAUCACACAGACCUCGUCAGUAUCAGGAAUGAGACUGAACACCAGAAGAUCCAGGAUUUAUUAAAGAAUAACUAUUACUAUUAUUAUGUGUGGAUUGGACUGUACAGAACCAGAUCUUGGUCAGAUCAGAGCAACUCUUCAUUCAGUAACUGGAGAGCAGGACAGCCAGAUAACACUGGAUCCUGCACUGUAGUCUCAUUCAGUGACUCUGGGAAAUGGACUGAUGAAUACUGCAAUUAUAGAUUUCCUUUAAUUUGCUACAGUGUGUCAUCUUUGACAUCAUCCCGUCAGUAUCACUUUGUGAAUGAGAGUAAGACCUGGACUGAAGCUCAGAGAUACUGCAGACAGAAUUACACUGAUCUGGCCACCAUUGAUAAUAUGGAGGAAAUGAACAGACUGAUUAACACAGUUAAUGGGAGUUACAAUGGUUCAGCCUGGAUUGGACUGUAUGAUGAUGUGAAUAGCUGGAGAUGGUCACUGGAAGACAAUGAUUUCUAUCAGGAAGGAGAGAGAGAUUUCAGAAACUGGUAUCAUGAACCGGACAACAGUGGGGGGAACCAGUUGUGUGUUUACAUGGAUUAUAAUGGUAAAUGGUAUGAUAUAUCAUGUGACAACACACCGCCAUUUGUUUGCUAUGAUGGUAAGGACAUUUCAUUCACAGAGAGUUACAUCAUAAUCUAUAACUGGGAAACCUGGUCAGAGGCUCGUAGAUACUGCAGAGAACAUUACACAGAUCUUGUCAAUGUGAGAAAUCAGACUGAGAACCAGAGGAUCCUUGAGACAGCAGGUGGAGGAGUCUGGAUAGGACUGUACAGAAACAGGAUUUGGUCAAACGGUCAGAAUACCAAUUAUGAAGACUGGAGACCAGCCGUUCCCUAUUCAGAACAACAACCAAACAGAAACAGGAUUUGGUCAAACGUACAAAAACUGGACUGCAGCUCAGAGUUACUGCAGAGAACAUCACACAGACCUCGUCAGUAUCAGGAAUGA